GUAACAAACCCAGCUCUGGGCUUACACCUUCGCUGCUCAUCAGGCCAUGGCUAGAACUGGUGUAGCCAAAACACGGAUGUUGUUUCUUAGUUCAUGCAGGGAAGCAACGCUGGUGUGGCGGGGCUUGAGUAAGGUAGCUGGGGCUGAAGGGGCGCCGGGGAAAGCUAGAGGACGGACGGAUGAUGCUGAUAAUAAGGGUGACGGCUCAUCGUCCGGCUGGGUGCCGCACCCUCGGACUGGGAUAUAUUUCCCCAAAGGGCAUGACCAUGUGAUGGACGAUGUCCCGGAUGGUGCAGCCUGCUCUGGCCAGACUUACUGGUUGAGGACUGUGGAUGGAGUGGACAAACCGGACCCUGAUGUUUGAACUCAAUAUUGAAGUCCUAAGAAGGGCCUUGUAUGCAUAGUUAUUAAUUUUAUGAUCAUGAGCUUCAUGUCAUAGCUUAUGAAUCUAGUUAUAUACUAUAACAGGUGAAGUUAAAUAAGGUUGAAAAUGAAACUUUAUUUCAAUUUUUGAGGGUCUAUGUUGGUUCAUCCCUA